CGCUUGUUCAAGCCUACUCUACACCACAGUCACCACCACACUUCACUCAAUCUAACUAUCGUUGAGCCUUUUCGUGCCAGUAAUGCCUUCGACUGUACCUUGGGCCGUGGUGGCCCUCACCAUCUUCUCGUCUUCAGACGCCCAGAAAAUCAGCAAGACAGGGCGUUGUGGAGCUAAAUUUGGCCUGACUUGUCACGGAAGUUCCUAUGGCAAUUGCUGCAGCCAGUACGAAUACUGUGGUAGCAUAGGUGCAUAUUGCGGUGCCGGAUGCAAUGACAAGUUUGGGAAAUGCUCCUCCAGUUCAUCUUCUGUGGUGCGAAGCAGUACUGGAUCAACCUCGACAUCCUCACGCGUCACAAGCUCGAACUCGGCAUCCAUUAUACUCGUUACACCCACCAGAAGCUCUUCAUCCAAUACGCCUUCAUCUACACUCAAAGUUACUCCAAGUGACCGUUGCGGCAAGGGCUUUGGAUUCACGUGUCAAGGGUCAAAAUGGGGCGACUGCUGCAGUCAAUACAGUUACUGCGGUUUGACUAAAGCAUAUUGCGGCGACGGUUGUCAGCAAGGCUUUGGAAAAUGCAAUCUCGUCUCCUCGCCUUCUUCUCCUCGGCCCAUAUCAUCGUCGAUUUCGUCUUCAACCCGCCAAACAUCAUCUUCGACAACGUUGAGUUCGACUUCAACCUCCCAGUCGUCCACGACCAGCCAGUCAUCUUCGACCAUCCUAGCGUUAUCAUCUUCGAUCAGCACAAGCGAGAGCGUCUCCUCGAUCCAAAUAGCUUCCUCAACCUCCACUGUUGUACCCUCAUCUUCGACAGGCUCUUCAACUCUAAGUACUGUCACUAUUCCAGAUGCCUCGCCAACCCCUUCUCUGUGCCCGGCUCCUGUAAAUCUUGCUGUCAACCCAGGUUUUGAAACUGGCCUUGUCAGUCCAUGGGUCGUACAGAACGCUGGGAAUCAGUGGGGAAUCACAGUUUCAGCAAUCGAUGGCCAUUCAUCUUCCCGUUACCUUUCGGGGAUCAGGCUAGGAGGGAUGACUCCAGUCGGUUACAGCUUAACCCAGUCUUUCAUCCUCGCUCAAACCACUACCAUCGACGUAUCUAUGUGGAUACGUCUGACAAACACUGUCACAGGCCAGGCUAGAUUCAAUGUCUACAUUGAUAACCUAGGCUUGGGCUCUAUUACAAAUCUCAGAGGAGGAGAAGGAUGGCAAAAACAUACCGCUGGGCAGAAAACGCUAAGUUCUGGAAUCCAUUCAAUUACUAUACAAUGUGGAUCGGCGGGGGGUCCGAUAGGCUUGGAGACUGGUAUCGAUGACAUUACCAUACAGAUCAUCGAUCCUGCUGGAGCCAGUCCUAGCUGUGUUACUGGGACGUCCACGAGUUCGGCUGCACCAGAAUUCACGGGAUGAAGAAGUAGUUAAUGGUGUCUAGAUUGCGAUUAGCAUACGUCUAUAAUCUGGGUUUUCUUUCAAGUGAUUCAAGCUUGUGUUUAUAGCCAUACAAGGAAUAUCUGUUCUACUUGAUCUGAAUUGACGUUGUCAUGGACUAGCACUCUCGUCAUGUAUUUCCUUACUUACAUGGCGUGCUUCUAAAAUAAUGAUCAUCGCUCGUUUUUUCUACCAAUACUACCUGGUUACGAAACGUACCAAACCCUGCAGUGGCUCUAUGUAUUGGUUUCUCGUAACACAUGAGAGUGAUGAAUAAAAACCAGAGUAAUAACCGCCCAGCUACCUAUUUCCUCCACCCACGCUCCUCAUCAGGCCUCAUCUCUAUCUGAAUUCCCGCUUUCCCCAGCAUAUCCCAGAUCAUAGUACGAAGAUGCAUAGACUCCUCCUGGUGCAUGUUUACCUUUUUC